CCCUCCCUCCGCCCGGCGGAGGCUGGCAGGGGGAUGACGUCACCGGAUCAGGCUGACCGGCAAUGGGCGCCAUUUUGAAACCCCCAAACCUCCGGCGGCGUCGGCGCUGGCGGUGGCGGCCGCCACAGCAGAAGCAGCGGCAGGGGCAGCGGCAGCAGCAGCGGCUCGGGCAGCGGCGUCGCUCGUAGCGGCUCCCUUUCCGGUCGCGGUCGGUUUACGUCUGCCACGCGGGCUUCGCUAGGCCCCGGUCUCCGCCCGCCACACACACGGCGCGACAUGGCAGGGGUGGCCGGCGGAGGCGGAGGCGGCAGCAACGAUUUCCAGUGGUGCUUCUCCCAGGUGAAGGGGGCGAUCGACGAAGACGUGGCGGAAGGUCACACAGAGCUCCAGGGAGUGUGGGAAAGGAGCUACCCCAACAGUUCUCUCAGACCGUUGAUGUUUCUGUCAGGAGCCGAUGCUGACAUUAUCUCAACAGUUGAAUUUAAUUACUCUGGAGAUCUUCUUGCAACAGGAGACAAGGGUGGCAGAGUGGUUAUAUUUCAAAGGGAACCAGAGAACAAAAGCCGCCCUCAUUCAAGGGGAGAAUAUAAUGUUUACAGUACCUUUCAGAGUCAUGAACCUGAGUUUGACUACUUGAAAAGUCUAGAAAUUGAGGAAAAAAUUAAUAAAAUUAGGUGGUUACCACAACAGAAUGCUGCUCACUUCUUAUUAUCUACAAAUGAUAAAACUAUUAAAUUAUGGAAAAUCAGUGAACGAGAUAAAAGAGCUGAAGGUUAUAACUUGAAAGAUGAAGAUGGAAGACUUCGGGAUCCAUUUAGAAUCACAGCACUACGGGUGCCAAUAUUGAAACCCAUGGACCUAAUGGUAGAAGCAAGUCCCCGAAGGAUAUUUGCAAAUGCACACACAUAUCACAUAAACUCUAUUUCAGUAAAUAGUGAUCAUGAAACGUACCUUUCUGCAGAUGACCUAAGAAUCAACCUGUGGCAUUUAGAAAUCACAGACAGAAGUUUUAACAUUGUAGAUAUAAAGCCUGCUAACAUGGAGGAACUUACCGAGGUGAUAACUGCAGCAGAAUUCCAUCCCCAUCAUUGUAAUGUGUUUGUCUACAGCAGUAGCAAAGGAACAAUACGGCUCUGUGAUAUGCGUUCAUCAGCUCUUUGUGAUAGACAUUCAAAAUUCUUUGAAGAACCUGAAGAUCCCAGCAGCAGAUCAUUCUUUUCAGAAAUAAUUUCCUCAAUAUCGGAUGUAAAAUUCAGUCAUAGUGGUCGAUACAUGAUGACCAGAGACUACCUUUCAGUUAAAGUAUGGGAUCUCAAUAUGGAAAACAGGCCUAUAGAGACCUAUCAGGUUCAUGAAUAUCUGCGAAGCAAACUUUGUUCACUGUAUGAGAAUGACUGCAUCUUUGACAAGUUUGAGUGCUGCUGGAAUGGUUCUGAUAGUGCUAUUAUGACUGGCUCAUACAACAACUUCUUUAGGAUGUUUGAUCGAAACACACGACGAGAUAUUACAUUAGAGGCUUCAAGAGAAAGUAGCAAACCUCGUGCUAUCUUAAAGCCCCGGAAAGUGUGCACAGGUGGCAAGAGAAAGAAGGAUGAAAUAAGUGUUGACAGUCUGGACUUCAAUAAGAAGAUCCUUCAUACAGCAUGGCACCCUGCAGAGAACAUCAUUGCUGUAGCUGCCACCAAUAACUUGUAUAUAUUCCAGGACAAAAUUAAUUAAAGACGGCUUAUUUGAGGACAAAGUUGUCGUCUUGCAUAGUUAAGCUCAGUUGUUUAUCUGUCAGAGAGAUGGCCUUGUUGUCCUCCCAGUAAAGAACAUUGAUGCACUUAUUUCCCUUUAUAGGUAAAGGAGAGAAGCUGGCCUGGACUUGAGUUCAUGGUGUAUUUCUGCCUUCAGUGAGGGAGAACGUGGAAUUGAAUUUUUGUAAACGAAAAAAAGCCCACUAGAAGCAGAAUUGAUGGACAAUACUCAAUAAAGGCCAAUAUUCAAAACAAAUGUAUUUAUUUAAGUCUGAGCCUUCCUUUCCAGUUGAUAGACCAAAAAUCUAACACCCAAGAAACAAAUUGUCAUAAAAAUGUAAUUUCUAUCUCACGUGCUCUUUAUCUGCUGUAAUAUUUGGGCCUUUCAAAACAUAUAUUUGUGCUUUAUGCCUGUAAACAUUCUUUCUCUGGCCUUCAUCUAAGCUUUAGGUGUUUCUACCUUUGAGCAUAUAGGUAAGUCUAGAGUUGGGUGUGUAGACAGGUUUUUCAUGUAUAUUUACUCACCAACUGUAUCUAUAACCACACCUUCCGGUGUAAACCACUUAAUAAAAAUAACAAACUAUAAAAAGUGUUUUUAAAUCUGAAAGUAUGUAUUCAGUCUUUUUUAUUGCAUGUAUUGAGAUUGUGCAAAAUAACUCUGACGGAAAGAUUUGAAAAUAGUUUGUCCCAAAAAUAUUAGGUUGUAUCCAAUGCUAGUCCUGCUCCGAACAGGCCCAUUGAAAUUAAGACACGUGAUAAACUUAGGCUCAUUAAUCUCAAUGGCUCUACUCAGAGUAUAACUUAAUUGAAUAAUAUCCAUUUUUUGACAGUAUAAGCAGUUUAAAGCAGUAUCUACUGCUUCAAAUACUAAGCUGAAUUUUUUUCUCCAGUUGUCAUCACCUUAGCUUGUAUUAGUUUUUUUGUGUAAGAAAGGGGGGGCAUCAUAUGGUGCUCAGAAAAGACAAAAGUGUAAAAUAAUUGUUUAAAGUUUAUAUACAGCCUUAAAGGAGCAAGAUGGUCUUUUACAUCAAAACCUUUAACAAAUCACUGCUCUGGUUUAACAGUAAACAUGCCUCAACAUGUGAGAAGCAUACCUUAAUGUGCAUUACUACUACUACUUUUUUUAACCUUUAGUCCUUUUUGUUCCGUAGAGUAUACUUUAAAAAAAUAUUACAACUGGGCAUAAGCAUAUGCAUACAAAACUUUCCACUGCAGUUCAAAUGUGUAUGUUUUUAAACUUGAUUAUGCCAAACGGGAGCACAACUUAAACAUGUUUUAACUCUUACUCCAGGUCUGUAACACCAGGAGAUCAAGCUGUCUUGAGGCUGAAUACUGAUGUGAAAAUAUAUUUGUAGAAUACUGAGUUUCCACUAGCAAUAGGGGGCUACAGAAAAGUUAUGGGGUCUCUCUCGCUCCUAGAAAAUAUGUGAUUAACUCCCAGUAUUUCACUGUAAGCUUCUAUGGGAGAAAACUUGUACACAGAAAAAGAGUGGGCACACUUUUAAUACUAUCAAGUAUCUUAAUUACUAGCGCAAGUACUAUCACUUGCUCCAGACUUCCUACUAAACGUGCCUAUGAAAUCCUUAAAAUUCAGGCCCUUUAAGCUUCCAGAAUGAAAUACUUGUGUGUGGUUUACACUCGAAUUUUAAAGAAAUGAAGGUUUAAUAUGAUUGCUAGAGUCCGAUAUGAAUAUGCAAGAGCAGCAUGUCUCUGUUCCUACCCUAUCAAUUAACGUCCAUAGAGUGCCACUCUUGUUUGCGAUACAAUAAUAAAUACUAAUUUGGGGUUUCUAAAGAUAAAGAUUAAAAAUCGUAUACUGUAUAUCAGUUGUGACACUAUUUGCAAAUCUUGAAAUGUGGAACGGUUAGGUCAUUUAACCAUUAGAUUGACUUUGUUCCUUAAAAUACAUGAGGUAAAUACAAUGGGAUUGUACAUAAUUGUUCAAUUAUUUUGACCAAAAAGUUUAAUAAAUUUUAAAUGUUUACCUGCA